AUGGCCUUCCGCGCUGCCCGUCCUGCCGCGCGUCAUGCCGCGCGGUUGCUGCCGGCCCUGGCGAGCGGCACGUCCUCCAUCAAUGCGCGCGCACUGCACGUGUCGGCUGCAAGGUGUGCUGCCAAGGUCAGCCCAGCAGAGCUGACAAAGAUCCUCAGCGAGCGCAUCGCCAACUUCAAGGACCAGGCAGACGUUCAGGAGGUGGGCCGUGUGCUGUCCGUGGGCGAUGGCAUUGCCCGUAUCUAUGGACUCAAAGGUGUGAAGGCCGGUGAAAUGGUGGAAUUCUCCAGCGGCCUGAAGGGCAUGGCCUUGAACUUGGAGACGGACAACGUGGGUGUGGUGGUCUUCGGUGACGAUCGUGCCAUUGUGGAAGGCGACAGCGUGAAGUGCACAGGUACCAUUGUGGAUGUGCCCAUUGGUGAGGAGUUGUGUGGAGACCCAGUGGUUGCAUGGUUGGGCCGUGUGGUGGAUGCCCUGGGGAGUCCCAUCGAUGGAGCUGGCCCCAUCAACACGAAGACCCGAAGACGGGUGGAGCUUAAGGCUCCUGGCAUUAUCCCUCGCCAGAGUGUGCAUGAGCCCAUGACCACAGGCUUGAAGGCAGUGGACAGUUUGAUUCCCAUUGGCCGCGGGCAGCGUGAGUUGAUCAUCGGUGAUCGACAGACCGGCAAGACGGCCAUCGCCAUUGACACCAUCCUCAACCAGAAGGCCAUCAAUUCUUCGCCAGACAAAUCCGCGCAUCUCUACUGCAUCUACGUGGCAGUGGGUCAAAAACGCUCCACUGUAGCACAGCUCUUCGAGAUUUUGCGAAAGAAUGACUGCUUGAAAUACACCACGGUGGUGGCUGCAACUGCAUCGGACGCGGCUCCCUUGCAGUUCUUGGCGCCCUACACUGGUUGUGCCAUGGCAGAGUACUUCCGCGACAACGGGAAACAUGCGGCCAGGGUCAUCUUCUAUGAUGAUCUGUCCAAGCAAGCUGUGGCAUAUCGCCAGAUGUCGCUGCUGUUGCGCCGGCCACCUGGCCGAGAGGCCUAUCCAGGUGAUGUCUUCUACUUGCACUCCCGUCUGCUGGAGCGUGCGGCGAAGAUGAAUGAGGAGACCCAUGGUGGUGGCUCGUUGACCGCGCUGCCGGUCAUCGAGACACAGGCAGGUGAUGUGAGUGCCUACAUCCCCACCAAUGUGAUUUCCAUCACAGAUGGCCAGAUCUUUUUGGAGACGGAGUUGUUUUACAAGGGUAUCCGCCCUGCGGUGAAUGUCGGUCUCUCCGUGAGCCGCGGCUCGGUUGCAACUGCGGGAUGUGCAGGCGUCGGCAGUGCUGCACAAAUCAAGGCUAUGAAGCAGGUGGCUGGCACCUUGAAGCUGGAAUUGGCCCAGUACCGUGAGGUGGCUGCCUUUGCGCAGUUUGGCUCCGAUUUGGAUGCUGCCACCCAGCACCAGCUGCUCAGAGGCGGCAUUUUGACCGAAUUGUUGAAGCAGAAGCAGUGGCUUGGCAGCAUGGUCUUUCUUGCUAGCCUGCUAUUUGGUGUGACAUUCUCGCAGCUCUGGGAAAGGUUCGUGCCCAUGACCACAGCCGAGAUCAUUGUGUCUCUGUGGGCUGGCACCCGUGGAUACCUAGACAAGGUGGCUACCAAGGAGAUUCUUCGUUUUGAAGCACUCUGGUUGAAGCACUUCAAGGACACCCGUGGCGAUGUGCUGAAGGCCGGAUGGGGGAGAAAAAAUGACCUGGAUGAUCGAAAGUCAGGAAUUGAAAGUGGGUCGAAAACAUGA